AUGUCAGAAGCCCACACGGAGGCACCGCCAUCGGUGCGUUUAACCAACGAUGAUUUUCGUCGACUAUUGGCCACACCUCGUGCUCCACCAGGCGGCGGUGGAAGUGCGGGAGCAACAGCAAGUGCUGCUGCUACACCAGCUACCUUUGCCACCCCUGGCACACCUGCCUCAGCAGAAAAAAAGAAAAGCAGUCAUGGAAAUUCGAGUGAACGUGGUGAUCUCAGGCGAAAAAAGAAAAACUAUUAUGCUGCCCUUAAAAAACAAGAGGACAAUAAGCUACAGGAACUAUCGGAAAAAUAUCGUGAUCGUGCUCGCGAAAGAAGAGAUGGAGCUAAUCCGGAUUAUCAAAAUGUUGGAACACCUGGACACAAUAGUACCACAAAUGCUUAUAGGGCGGUGGCACCCGAUAUGAAAUCCGGUAUUGAUGCUGCCGAACGAAGACGCAGGAUAAUUCAAGAAUCUAAAUUUUUGGGUGGUGAUAUGGAACAUACCCAUUUGGUCAAGGGUCUUGAUUAUGCCCUGUUGCAGAAGGUCCGAUCUGAAUUGCAAGUGAAAGAGCAGGAGGAAAGAGAACGGGAAUUGGCCGCGGCAGCUAAUGAAAAAAUGGAAGCUGCUGCGGCGGCAGAACGUUUGGAAGCCGAGCGAAGAGAAAUGGAAGACAAUAUGAAUAUUAAGGGACCAAUGGCACGGAAUAUUUUCAAUUUGAUACAAGCCAGAAGGUCCAAAGAAGUACAGCGUUGUGAGUUGUUUGCCCCGGGUAGGAUGGCCUAUGUCAUCGAUUUGGAAGAUGACGAAAAUGCCGAAACAGAUAUACCCACAACUCUGAUACGGUCAAAAUAUGAAGUUCCCCUAAAUCGUGAAGAUGCCGCCACUUUGACCACAAAUGACAUUGUCAUUAAUAAAUUAUCUCAAAUCCUGUCAUAUUUGCGUGCUGGUGGCCGCAACAAGAAAAACAAAAAACGUGACAAAGAUAAGCCACUGUUCCACGAACGGGAUAUACAUGAGUUGAAUGCCUCUUCGAAGGCAUUGAAUAAGGCGGUGCCGGUUGUGGAUUCUAUAUAUGAUGAUAUUGGUGAUUAUCAGCCGACCCUAAAGCCGGACAACAACAAAACCAAAACAAAUGACAAAUUCUUGGCUCCAUCCGGAUCGACAGCGGCCACAUCAUCAUCUUCGGUAGCUGCAAAACCAGCCAGCUAUUUCAAUGAUGGCAACAAGGCGGCAGAGGAACCCGAACCAAUUAUCACCACGAUACCAGCACCACCCAAAAUCAAUAAAUCCAUUGUGGCGCGCUUUGCCAAUGAACCUGAAGGUUAUGCUGAAUGUUAUCCCGGUUUGGAAGAAAUGAAUGAUGCCAUUGAUGAUUCUGAUGAUGAAGUGGAUUAUACGAAAAUGGAUUUGGGUAAUAAAAAAGGUCCCAUCGGUCGUUGGGAUUUUGAUACGCAGGAAGAGUACUCAGAUUAUAUGAGUACCAAAGAAGCUUUGCCGAAGGCCGCCUUCCAAUACGGGGUUAAAAUGCAAGAUGGUCGUAAGACACGUAAAAAUAAAACCGAGAAAAGUGAAAAAGCCGAAUUGGAUAGAGAAUGGCAAAAGAUUCAGGGUAUUAUACAAAAACGUAAAUCCAAAACAUCUUCAGAUGAACCCGAUUAUAAACAAGCUAAAUAUUAAUAGAAAAAGUAUGUUUAUCU